GGAGACAUGCUGGGUUAUGUCCCCCUACUUCUCGCAGCCCUGCUCCCUGCAGGGCAAACGGCGAUCACCAUGGUGCAACCUGUGGUCUCCAUCACCAGACAAGCCAGGAAGAGUGCAAAGAUCCCUUGCGAGUUUUCUCAGAAAAGCAUCACGUACAUCCACUGGUAUCAUCAGCAGCCUGGGAAGGCUCUCCAGCGCCUGCUCUACUAUCACCUGGACUCGUCUAAACAGACGAUGAAUGCAGGAUUCAGUUCGAACAAAUUCUAUGCUUACAUGAGCAAAGAUCAAAGCUGCACCUUGGAGGUCCAGAACCUGGUCAUGAGUGAUGCUGGCAUCUAUUACUGUGCCAGCUGGGACUCCACAGUGAUACAGUUCUAUUUUCUAAUUCUCCAUCCAGCAUUAGAUUCACCACACCACACCCUCCCUUCAAAAAACUUCUUCAAAUCACUGUCCGUGUCUUUCUGUAUUCUUUAUCUCUCACCGAGAUUGCUAAAGAAGCCUACAGUAGUAUAUGAUGGGAUCUCUCUGCCUCUCUGCCAUGCCUCAUCUCUUUCCCCUCCCAGCACCCUCCAUGGCCAACAAGCGUUCAGUCAUAAUGUGAUCGCACUUCAAUAUACCAAUCACAUCUCCCCUCUGGCCUCCAGCCCGGUCAAAAGAAAGAAGCCCAGCCUAUCAGCAGAGCGAAUACCAUGGUGA